CGAACUUCACCCCCCAUUAUCUCCUCGGCUGGUGGACUCGUGGGGUAGUUGUGUUGCUAACUCCCAGCCAUGGCACUGACUGUGUGGCUGCUGCCCGAGACUCUGGAUGCCUUGAGCUGUCACGAGGCCUCAGCUCUGAGAAGCACGCGCCGGGGGCUGCAGGAGACGUGGCUUUGGCGCAACAUCCGUGUGAGGAGCCUGGCGGCCUUGGAGCGAUUGCCCUUCGAUCCUCGCUCUUGGUCCUUGCGGCGCUUGGAGCUGGGGGUUGAGGCCUUGCAAGGCGUUCAUCUCCUCCCAUCGCCCUCAAGCCUUCAGGCAGCCCACGGGCAGGCCAAGAGGUGUCUGAAGCGGACGUUAGCUGCCAGCCACUUUGGCAAGGAGCUGUGCCUCCAGCACUUGCUAGUGCCUUCGGUACCUUACCGAGGCGCAGUCUUCGGACGCUUCUGGGAGCUCGUGGCGGAGCUGCCCAGCUUGCGGACCUUGGAGCUGCCGGACCUCAUCUGCACAGCAGGUGGUUCGGAGACCUUCGCCUCUCAACUCUCCAAGCACCUUGGGACAAGCCUUUUGCGCUUGCGGCUCCACCGCGCAGUGCUCUUGGAGUGCCGCUCCCGUGAGUCCGUCGCUGAGGCGGUCGCUGCGCAGACGCGCUGCUGGCAGGUCAUCGCGCGCCGCCUGGGCGAGAUGAGACUCAAAGAAGUGGACAUCACAGGCGCCUGGCGCCCCAUUGCACCUGAGCACUUGCGCCCAUGGCCGCCUGGGCGAGCAACAAACGUUGAGCAAGUUGGCACAGCGGAGAAUGGCAUUGGAGAGGACAGUGAGGAGCUGCUGUUGUGCGAAGAAGACUUGUUGCAACUCUUUGAGACCUGGUGUGAAGCCAUGAGCGAGAUUAACCGCUGCUUCCCGCCGGGGGUCGUUCUUCAUGAAGAUUGGGCUGAAGAAAUCAGGAUGGCCAAAGCGCGCUUGAUGCCGGAGGAAAAGGAUUCGAUUUGGUGCCGGCACGAGCUCUACUGGUGCCAAAAUGUCUUAUCCUCCUUCCUGGAGAUUGGCUACGACCCUGACCGUCCCCCAGAGCUUCCAAAGGCCCAACGUCGACGCGUCACCGGUGACCUGAACGCGGUGACCGGCCGCUGUGCGCACAGGUGGCCGAAGCUCCCUGCCAGUGCCAGGCGGAGAAAGAGCGGUUUUGUGAAGAACUUGGUGACGGCCGAAGUGGACCUGGACCGGGGAGACAUGGUGGACAAGCUCAUCAAGUACGAUGAACAGCGCUUGGCACAGGCGCAGCCCAAAUUCACAGAGCGCCAAGAGCCAUGUAGGUGUCUCGAAGGCUUCAACAUGACUCCGAAAAAACAGAAGCAGUUCUAUGACAAUGAGAUUUGCCCUCAGGGUAUUUGCAUGAGUUCCUUGUCUAAGACUGGAGAAAAUGGUGCAGUUGCUGAGUCCUUGUUCUCCCACGGCAGGCGCCGCACGCCGCUCCGGACGCAUUUGCUGAAGUUCCUGCUGAACAUCCUCUCCAGGUCCGACCCUGCCGACACGGAGCGACCGGACGAUUCGCGUUGGGCGGGCCAAAGGCGGACGGACGCGAUGGUGGAGUCGGACUGGUGUGUGUCGGACUGGUGUCUCCGUGCGGAGCGUUUAGGCUUGGCUCCACCGAUGGCGCCGGGCCUCACCGGCCCCACGGGCCUCACCGGCCCCAUGGGCCCUACGGGCCCUACGGGACCGGUGGUCGCUCCCCGCCCCAUGAUGGCCCGGCCGCUCAUGCGACCUAUGGGGAUGCCGGUGGCAGGUGCUGCACUUCAAGCCAUGGGCAUCCCUUGGAUGCCGCCCAAGAGGCCAGCGAUGGCGGCAGCAGCCACCGAUCAUCAACACAAAGACUGGAACUCGGAUGAUGAGGAGAUCGACGAGUUUGGACGCAAGAAGAGGCGGAAGGUGGCCAAAGCGAGCCAGGCGAAGGCCUUGGUGGGAGUUGGGGCGGAAGAGGAUGGAGCAGGUGUGUGCAUGGUGAUGUAUGACUGCAUGACACGGCCCUGGGAUUUAUUUCGAGUUCAUCAACAUGGAGCUUGAAAAGGGCAGCGCGAGUACUGGUAAAGCGGGUAUCCUUUCUGAGACCAAUCAUGGAAGCAGAACCUGACCCUGUGCAACUUUUCAUUUAUAAGGGAACCCUGCCUCGAGGGAUUGCUGGGUUAUAUAGUUAGCUUUUCGUAGUUUCGCUAUAGCAAGUAAUUAAUCUCGCUGGAUUCAUCGCACUGGAUCAACAACAUCGCAUGAGAACUUUGCUCAAAGUAGGACAAAGGCAAAUCAAAAGCAUCCG